GAAAUGGCAAUGCACCAUAUCUUCUCUCGUAAGAUUCUUCGUAUCUGCGCUGUUUCCUCUAUGAAUUGAUUGUGUUGUGUUGAAUUCUUAUCUGGGUAACACCAUUUUGGUCUCAUAGAUGUUAACGAUCGAGUUUCGAUUAGGGUAAUCUUUUAGAAUUUCUGUUUCUCAAUAUGACUAGAAUGAGAGGGAUACCACCUGGGAUUUUGUUGAUACGAAGCCUUAGGGGUAAAGAUUGGAGUUUAAAAACGUAUAGAUAUUUGACUCUUUUUGUUACAUUCGUUGCAUACGCUGCUUAUCAUGCUUCGAGAAAACCUAGCAGCAUCAUAAAGAGUGUGUUGGAUCCUGGCCCCAAUUACGACUCCGCUAAUGUUCUCCCUUGGCCGAUGGGAGAUUUUUUCUUGAAAUCCAAACCCAUUAAUGGUACUAAUUUGGGUACAUCAACAGAAGAGGGAUGGGCUCCAUUCAAUGGGAAAGAUGGCACUUCGAAAUUGGGAGAAAUUGAUGUUGCAUUUCUUGCCGUUUAUUCAUUGGGAAUGUACGUUGCUGGACAUUUAGGGGAUACUUUGGAUCUUCGUUUGUUUUUAACAGCUGGAAUGGUAGGAAGUGGGAUAUUUGUGGGAUUGUUUGGGAUGGGUUACUUUUGGAAUGUGCAUCAUUUUUGGUACUUUUUGGUGAUGCAAAUGGUUGCCGGAUUGUUUCAGGCCACCGGGUGGCCGUCGGUUGUAGCGGUGGUUGGUAAUUGGUUUGGUAAAAGAAGGAGAGGAUUGAUAAUGGGGAUAUGGAAUGCUCACACAUCUAUUGGCAAUAUCAGUGGUUCUCUUCUUGCUGCAAGUGUUUUGCAAUAUGGUUGGGGUUGGUCUUUUAUACUUCCGGGUGCUUUUAUUGUUGCAGCUGGGAUCAUGGUGUUUUUGUUCUUGGCUGCUUAUCCAGAAGAUGCAGGAUUCCCGAAUCCCGGUGAAGCUUCUCCGAAUGCAAGAGGAACAAUUCAAGAUGAAAAUUUGAUAUGGGAAGAGGGUACUUCGAAUGAUGAGGAAGCUCAUGUGCCUCGGAUUUCGUCUGUUAAUAGAAAAGGCGUUGGACUUAUUGGAGCUUGUUUUAUACCUGGAGUAAUUCCCUUUGCAUUAUGCCUUUUCUUCUCAAAACUUGUGGCAUACACCUUUCUCUUUUGGUUGCCGUUCUAUCUAAGUCAAACAGAAAUUGGUGGAGAGCGUUUGUCGGUAAAAUCUGCAGGAAACCUGUCGACUUUGUUUGAUGUAGGGGGAAUCGUGGGUGGAAUUUUAGCCGGAUAUAUAUCUGAUAAACUUAAGGCUCGAGCAACAACAGCAGCCAGCUUUAUGUACGCUGCAAUUCCAUCAAUGCUUGUAUAUCGUACAUAUGGGAACAUUUCAAAGACCAUGAACGCUGUGCUUAUGAUGAUUGCUGGCCUAUUUGUAAACGGGCCUUAUGCACUUAUCACGACUGCGGUUUCUGCGGAUCUUGGGACCCACAGCUCCCUGAAAGGCGAUUCUCGAGCCUUGGCAACAGUAACGGCUAUUAUUGAUGGUACGGGUUCCAUGGGGGCUGCUUUGGGUCCUCUUUUGACUGGAUUUCUUUCAACAAAAGGCUGGGAUGCAGUUUUUGCAAUGCUGAUGAUCGGUGCUUGUAUCGCGGGUCUACUCUUGAGUCGAUUGGUCUGUACGGAACUCACUGAGAGAACGGCUAAUAGUCCUCGCCCAUGGAACAAUGUUGAAGCUCCUUUAUCUCAAUCACUUGUACGUGACUGGAAGAGGUAGUCCACUCCUUCAUAAACAUCGCUAGCAACGGUUGCGUGUGUUUGAGGAAUCACGAUCGAAUUACGAAGAACGAGAAGAUACCCAUGUGCAUUCGUAGGUGAACUCGUUUUACAUUUGCGAGUUGUGACAUACAACGGACCCUAUGAACAUAUAGUAUGUAUAACAAUUGGAUAUACGUAGAGUUUUGUGGCAUUUCCGGAUUCUUUUGGCUUAUUUUUUGGUUUUCUAUGUUA